UUUGAUUGGUUGAAAAUUUUCACGAAAAUCCAUCUAGAUCUGAAGUUCCUCAGACACAGUAUCAUUGAAAAUUAAAUGAAGAUUGAGCAAUAAAUUCAAGUAUAAACGUAGAGCAAGAUGGCUCGAUUCACUCUUGAGGUGUGUGUUUUAAGUGCCUUAUUGGUGCUAGCGACUUCAGCAGCAAAUGUAUAUGCCGAGAGCGAAGACUCGAAUGAUGGAGUCACCAUAGAGGUUGAAGAAGAGGACCAGUACCAUAGCCCAUCAAUUAAUUCAAAAAGCAUUUACUUAGCAGAGCAUUUUGAUGAUGAGAGUGCAUUUAAGAAAAAAUGGGUGAAAUCAGAGGCCAAGAAACAGGGUGUUGAUGAAAAUAUUGCUAAAUAUGAUGGUAAAUGGAAGAUCCAAGCCCCUUCACGUAAGAUCCUGCGUGAUGACUUGGGUCUUGUUCUGACAACAGAAGCCAAGCAUGCUGCCAUCUCUGCACUCCUCGACAGGCCCUUCGAGUUUAAGGAUAAACCACUAAUUGUCCAGUAUGAAGUUACUAUGCAGGAGGGCCAGAACUGCGGCGGAGCGUACAUAAAGCUGCUCUCCCGCGGCGCGAACACCAAAGCGGACCUCCGCAAGUUCUUCGACCAGACGCCCUACACCAUCAUGUUCGGGCCCGACAAGUGCGGCAACGACAACAAGCUGCACUUCAUCUUCAGGCACAAGAACCCCAAGAACGGGACCAUUGAGGAGAAACACAGCAAGAAGCCUACCCAACGCCUAGAAGAUAUCUACAAGGACAAAGAACCCCACCUAUACACGCUAGUGGUGCGGCCCGACAAUACUUUCAGUGUGUUCAUAGACCACAAAGAAGUUAACGCCGGAUCCCUGCUAGAAGACUUCACGCCGCCCGUCAACCCUCCGCAGGAGAUCGAUGACCCUGAGGACAAGAAACCUGAAGACUGGGACGAGAGAGAGAAGAUCGUGGACCCGGCGGCCACGAAGCCCGCGGAAUGGGACGAGUCGGCGCCGGCGCAGAUCCCCGACCCCGCCGCCUCCAAGCCGGCGGGCUGGCUCGAUGAUCAGCCUGAAAUGAUCCCUGACCCAGACGCGCAGAAGCCUUCCGACUGGGACGAGGACAUGGACGGCGAGUGGGAGGCCCCGCUCGUGGACAACCCGCUGUGCACCGUCGGCUGCGGCACCUGGAAGACACCCAUGAUCCCUAACCCCGAAUACAAGGGCAUUUGGCGCGCGCCUCUGAUCCCCAACCCCAACUACAAGGGCAAGUGGGCGCCGCGCAAGAUCCCCAACCCGCACUACUUCCACGACGACCAACCCUUCCGCAUGACCCCCAUCCACGCAGUGGGCUUCGAGCUGUGGUCGAUGUCGCCGGCGCUGCUGUUCGACAACCUCGUGGUGACGGACGACGAGGCCGUGGCCGCCGAAUGGGCGCGCCAGACCUUCGACCUCAAGCGCGCCAAGCUCUCCCGGGACUCGGACUCGGUGGUGGAGCGCGCGCUGCAGUACCUGGGCGCCAACCCGUGGCUGUACGCCGUGCUCGUGCUGGCCGCCUUCCUCGUCGUCGCCGCCGUCGCCUACUGCUGCUGCACCGACUCCAAGAGCUCGGACGACCUGAAGAAGACUGACGGCGUGACGGAGGACGACCCGCACGACGAGGACGCGCCGCCGCGCCGCAAGACCGCGCUCGACGCCGAGCAGGAGCCCGAGCCUGAAGCAGAACAGGAGCCCGAACCCGAACCAGAGGAGGUCGCUGAAGCGACACCUUUAGUGGACACGGACGGCGCCGGCGACGGACAGCGGAAACGGAAACCGCGCAAGGAGUAAGAGACCAAGAAACUGACGGGUUGCAAAUUGAAGCGGUUUAGCAAAGCCGGUUGUAAGACUUAUCACGUUUAUUCAUAUACAAUAUUUAUUAAUUAUUUCUGCAUUUAAAAAACUAAACAUUUGACCUUUUCAUAAGAAAUAAUAGGUUCGUCAGUCAGUAUUAAUUUAUAAGCCAGGAUACACUAGUGAACAAAUGUUUCGCGAGAUUUCUCUUGAUGUCUGAAGUAAUGUGACAUCGCCGGUCUCGACAUUUCGUGCGGCGCCAGUAUAGGAUUUGCCGAACAUUCGCGAUGACUUCUCUUUCUCUUCUCAUAGUAGCGGGAGAUGGCAUCGAGAAUGUUUGAAUGCACCCUUAGGCAAAUUAUUUUGUUAACUAGUAGAUUUGGGACACCAAACCCAGAGCCAAAAGAAUAUUUCAGGCAUAAAUAUUUAGUGGGACUUAUAACCGGUUUGUCUGGACCAAGUGUUUGCAAUCUGUAGUCAAGCUUAGUUCAAUGAUAGUAGGCAGUCGCUAGGAGGAAAAAGGUCCAAAACUUUUGGUAGUUUCUUAAAUUACCAGCUACCCCACAUCCGGUUUUAAAUAUAUGGUAAUUAUGUCUUUGUCGCAAAACGUACAUUAAAAUUGUUAAUAUUGCCAUGGCGAAAGUUACCUGGCGCGAACACAAGUAGGUGAACAAUUGAACAUAGGCAUAAUUUUGGUUUAUAUGAUACAGGAUAUAAAAUUCACAAAAUGAUCAAAACUUUCACUCUUGGUGGGAUUUACAGGAACAUAUUAGUAGUAUAUGUUAGAACAUUCGACUGUCAAACUCAAUCAAAUGAGUCGAAUAUCCUUGCGCUUAACCUGUUCACUGCUUUGAGCUCGAUCUGCCAAAGAAGAUAUAAUAAAGCUACUAAUUCUUUAGCUAUGGGUGAUACUGAUAUCCCCUCUCCAAUAUCUAGGUCCAAUGUGUAUUUAGGUCUCACGAAUUGUUUAAUGGAAGAGUGAGGUGGAAUGCAUAUUGGACGCUAGUUUGAACAAUCGGGAUACACAGUUUUUUCUUAGAUUUAUGGUGGUCGAUACAAACAUAACGCAUUUACCUACACUCGCGUUUAAUAUCGGUUCCUAUGACUCGUUCAAGACUCUUUUGAGUCGCAUAAUACUUUAAACUCUCGCGUUUUGAGCACAGGGUUUUUAACUGGUAUAACGCGGUACCAUUUUCAAUUCUUUGGACGAUCAUUUGUAGGUACCCGUUCUUUGCAAUCUCUGGAUAAUAAUUUCGCUUGGUGGAGAGGACCUUGAGUUUAUAGUGGCAGUAAUCACUAUACAGUAUACAGUGUUGCAAUACAUUUCUGAAUGUCUGCUAAAUCUCUAGAAUUUGUUUACACACUUUUUUUGACAGCUACUUCAUAUGAAAUUGAACUGUUAUAGGGACCAACACGAAAUGCGAUAAGUUUGCUAUACGAAAUGGUAUUAGGUAUUUUGAAUUGAGUCAGUUUAGGUUUGAAAGUAUGGAUUUGUUUUUAUUGUGUUGUGAACUGGAAUGGAAAGUAUUAGUUUGUUUUGUAUGUUUAUCUAGAUUAAUGACUCGGUAUGUGUAACUCCAGUAUAUCAAGAUGUUCGCAAUAGUGGAAACUAUUUAAUACAUUUGGUAAAUUUAACGAAACUGAUUUAAAGUGUGUUAUAUUGUAACGCUAAGGUAUUAACAAGUUAUCUCUGAUUGUAUGAGUACAUGAACGUUGUUAAUAAGUUUUAAACAUCUUAUGUUACCAAAUUUCUAUGGUAUAAUUAUUUUUUUAAUGUUGAAAUAGAAUUUGAUUAUAGUGUUGUGUUACAAUCACAUUUAGAUAAAUAAAUUCAUUUAUCUUACACCGUUAUUUUUAUAGUAUGAUUGACUGUGUAUAUUGAAUGCAUACUGUAACAAAUUGUUUGAAAAUAAUAUAAAUAAUACAUUUUACUUGUUAUAAGAAAAAUAUCUGUAUAUUCUAAUAUUCAUUUUUUGUUAGGUACUAUUAGGUCAUGCUCAUAGGCUAUAACGUAUGUAUAAAAAUUGUAACAUGAUAUGUAUAAAAAUAAACUCGCAUUUAUGUACAGUCAAGUGCAAUAAUAUGUUACACAAAAUCUCCCACGAUUGUAUUCAGAGAGCGUAUCACACAGGUUUGUGACCUAAGAGUAAGAGAGAUUAUUCUAGAUGACUGUACAUAGGUAAAGUAUGAUAUAAGUAUUGUGUGUUUAGCAAGUAAAUCCUUCUACUGUAUGUGAUAUACUUUUGUCGCAUCAAUCGACUGUGAUUUGCGUUUAUAAUUGUGAUCUUAAGGGACUACCACAAACGUAGUUUUGCCACUCCGUGGCAGUUACGAAUUAGUAUGUAAAUACGACGGAGAGGUUAAACUUCGUGGUAGCCCCUCUGGGUGUUGGCAGGGGUGGAAUUGACACGUUCCUACUACAGAUAUACAUAACAUAUAUGGACAUAUAAACCUGCGCAGUGCGCCCCUGAUACGUUUCCUGGUAGUAUUUAUUACUCAGUGUAAAUUUGUGUGACGAUUCUUGAUUUUUACACGUACUGUAUAAUUUAUUUUUAAUUCAUGUAAGUAUUCUCUUAACACAUCCACUGCCAGGAACCGUCCUGGUCGGCGCUCGUGAACUUUGCUCAGAUGCUGGACAACACGCUUUAGGCGGGUGGUCGCUAUGUACAAGACAUUGAUAACGAUCGGUUUCAGGAGUAGUGCGCCAUUAUUUGUCUGGCAGUGAAUGUAUUAAAAGUUAAUUCAGAAUGGUAACGGCAAUACUUAUUGUAUAAGAACUAUACUUUUAUUUGUAUACAAAAAUGUUAGAUGGCUCAAUAUCAAUUCGGCCACCUUAAAUUGACAAUUUGCCAAUUGGGUAAAGGGACCUUAUUCUCGAUGGCGCUUACGUCCCGCGGCGUCGUAUUUGUACACGAGCGUCGUUCAUAAUGCUAUAAGCGCCAUCGACAAUAAGGUCCCUUUACCCAGAUAAUGUCACAAAUAAGAUCGUGGGCGAAACGGUCCAGAGCCGUUGAAAUGACUGGUCGUAAAUUCUUUAUUUUGUCUUUCGUUAAUACUUUUUCAAUUAUUUCCUACUUGUCUUACUUCUAAUAACAUAUUACUGAGCAUGAUCUUAUAUAUGUCAUUGUCGGUUACCGUGAGAUGCAUUUCAUUAGUCCGUGCGAGCGUGUGUGUGAUAGAAUGCUAUUGGACUGUAAUUUACAUUAAUAUAUUUAAUUAUUUGUA